AUGUUCCCAAAUUCCUCCAACUUGGGUCGGCCACCUUUCCCUCCAAAACACCACCAACGGAGUAACUUCUUCAGUAAGCUUCCUGCAAAUAUGCCACCUACAGUCAUCACUCACCAGCCAGUUACUGAUGUUCAGUUUAACUUUCAUGAUGGGACGAGUCUUUUGAGUGGGAACCUUGCAACUAUUCCAGCUGUUACACCGCAGCCAACGUCUUACGGAAGUGGUGGUCUGGUACAUACGUCUGGCCGCACGUCAUUCCGAGGAAGAAAGAGACAAAGUGAACAGUAUGUUGCAGAUGAUGUCAAACGGCAGCGGUUUCACUCACAUCAUUCUAAAACAACUGUAGUUAGCCAAGCAGUGCCUUUACCAAAAAAACAUAGAUACUCCUUCCCAAUCGGAUCGGUUCGGUCUCCAUCGCUAAGUGCAAGUUACAAACCAGAAUUAACAGGAUGUGUCCCUCCGUUGCAAGAUAGUUUGUUGCAAGACACUGCAGAAACCACGUUCCCUGUGGCCAAAGAUAAGUUAAGUCAGCAGGUUCUGGAGUUGUUUCAAGCAUGUCAGCAGCAGACUUGUGAUUUGAACAGAAAAGAGCUUUGCAGAACGGAACUCCAGAGAGAAAUUCAGCAAAUUUUUCCACAGAGCAGACUCUUUCUGGUUGGGUCCUCACUGAAUGGGUUUGGCACUCGUAGCAGCGAUGGUGACUUGUGCCUGGUGAUUAAGGAAGAACCAGUAAAUCAGAAAACUGAAGCAAGGCAUAUACUUGGCUUAGUCCAGAAACUCUUCAGUACUAAACUUUCAGCCUACAUUGAGCGACCUCGGCUGAUUCGAGCAAAAGUGCCAAUAGUGAAGUUCAGGGACAAAGUCAGCUGUGUGGAGUUUGACUUGAAUGUAAACAAUGUUGUAGGAAUAAGAAAUACGUUCCUUCUGAGAACCUAUGCAUACAUUGAGAAUCGAGUUCGUCCAUUAGUAGUUGUUGUUAAGAAGUGGGCAAGUUUUCAUGACAUAAAUGAUGCCAGUCGUGGUACUUUAAGCAGCUAUAGUCUUGUCUUGAUGGUUUUGCACUAUUUACAGACUCUGCCUGAACCCAUCCUUCCAUCCCUCCAAAAAAAUUAUCCAGAAGCUUUUGAUUCUACUAUGCAGUUGCAUCUUGUUCAUCAAGCUCCAUGUGCUAUUCCUCCUUACACCUCAAAAAAUGGAUCAAGCCUUGGAGAUUUGUUAAUAGGCUUCUUCAAAUAUUAUGCCACAGAAUUUGAUUGGAGCCAUCAAAUGAUUUCAGUUCGUGAGGCCAAAGCUAUUCCAAGACCUGAUGGCAUUGAAUGGAGAAACAAAUUUAUUUGUGUAGAAGAGCCCUUUGAUGGGACAAACACUGCUAGAGCUGUACAUGAAAAACAGAAGUUUGAUAUUAUCAAAGGUGAAUUUCUGAAGACUUGGCAUGUAUUAGAAGACAAGAAAGACCUGAACUGUGUAUUACCUUUAAGAGCAACUGUAUGA